ACACAAACUGCUCCCGUCUGCCUGCUGCUGGUCCGACUCUCUAUUAGCUCCGCUGAAUUAACUCGACUCUCUCCAUCCAUCUGCUGUUGUGUCAGUCUCAGCCUGCCUGUCCUGAAGUUUUGUCAGGUUCAUCAAGUUCACGCUGACAUUCAGUGACUCAGGCCGAGUGGAAACUUUCACACUCAGAGCUGAAAAGUAGCUGUCAUUCAUCACAGACUGCUGGAAAUCACCUGAACACCUGCAUCUGUGAAACCUGCUGCUUCUGCCUCCUGAGGAUCAGCUCUGAAGAGGAGGAGUGCCUUGCUCAUAAGCACCUCACUGACCGGAAGAAAGCAUCCAUCAGUUUAACUUCACAAAAGUUUUUCCUCAGGCUGUCAGUUCCCUUCCUCUGUAUCAUAAAUCAGGUGGAUUUUGUGGCACUCGAGCUUUAGCAGAGGAAUCUGGGCAGAGCUGUAAUCAGUCAUGGCAGACUGGAGCCUUCUGGGAAACUUCCUUGAGGAAGUACAGGAACACUCUACCUCUGUUGGCAAGGUGUGGCUGACCAUCCUGUUCAUCUUCCGAAUCCUCGUCCUUGGGACAGCAGCUGAGUCUUCGUGGGGAGACGAGCAGGAAGAUUUUAACUGUGACACUGAACAGCCAGGCUGCGAGAACGUCUGUUACGAUCGAGCCUUCCCAAUAGCACAUAUACGAUACUGGGUGCUCCAAAUUGUGUUUGUGUCCACCCCCAGUCUGAUCUACAUGGGCCACGCCAUGCACACAGUCCGCAGAGAGGAGAAAAGGAGGAGCAGGGAGGAGGAAGAGGCGAGAGAGGAGGGACAGAGGGAAGAAGACCCGGGAGGAGGUGAAGGAGGAGGUGGAAGACAAGAGAGGAAAGGAGAGGAUGAGGGAAAUGAAAAAAAUGAAAGUCAUUCAGCAGGUCGAAUUCGCCUGAGGGGGGCGCUGCUACAGACGUAUGUUCUGAGUAUAUUGAUACGCAGCAUCAUGGAGGUUGUGUUUCUGUGUCUCCAAUACUUCCUGUAUGGAAUCUUCCUCAAUCCUCUGUACGUCUGCAAGGCAUGGCCCUGUCCACAUCCAGUCAACUGUUACGUCUCCAGACCUACAGAGAAAAAUGUCUUUAUAGUGUUCAUGUUGGCUGUGUCCGCUGUCUCUCUGGUCCUCAGUGUGCUCGAACUGCAUCACCUGGCAUGGAAACACUGUUGCAGGCGGUUCCUGCGCUCUGCCAAAGUCAACGCUCCCACCAAGACCUCUCCAGCGCGACAGCUCUCCCUGUCUCCUCCACCACCAUCAACACCGCCUCCAGAUUUCAGCCAGUGCGUGACCGGCUCCAUGCACUUCCUACCCCUCCCCUUCCCCAACCAUCGACUGGCGAACCAACAAAACUCUGAUAACAUGGCCACCGAGCAGAACAAAAUGGUAGCCGCAGUGGAAGAGGUGAACUUCCUCCAGAUGAGCUGCUAUUCACACGGAUGGCAGAAGACUAAUGACAGUCAGAUCCAAGAUGGGAGAUACCCGAGACCAGAUGCGAAUUGCUACAGCCCUGAGAGCAGGGAUGUCAGCUGCACUCAGAUCCAAAAUGGCGGCCCUGAUGUGCUGCUGCACAAGGACAAGCGAAGAUACAGCAAAGCCAGUGGAACGAGCAGCCGAACCAGAGCAGAUGACCUGUCAGUUUAGGAAAAAGUUAAACAAAAAUCCGCACAUCCCCCCACCUGCUGAGACACACCAUAACUUUCUGUUUUCAAUGAAGCUCCACUUUACGCCUGGAUCCGUUUACUAAUUCUUUAUAAUUUCUUCAUCCAAAAUUAAACUGCUACUGAUGCUUGUCACUACUUUAAAAAGAAUUUAAAAAGUCUAAAGAUGAUUUCCACAAGCUUUUUUUUUUUUUUUAGCCAUAAACCCAGCAUCUGAGUAAAUACACACCUCAGACUGAAUAACUGGGUAACAAUAUCUGGAGUUUUGGUGGUACACAGAUUGCCACAGAUUGCCAGAUUGCCUUGUACUUAAACAAACAUGGAGCAGCAGCUUGCACUGUUGAUGUGCUGUUGCUUAAAUCACCAAAAAGGCAGUAAAAGGAGAAAAAAAAGCACAGGGUUUGGGUAAGACCCUUGAUGCAGGACUGUAAAGCCUACACCGGCAUCUUCAUACUUCUUCUUCGCAUUAUUUACUGGUGUGUUACAACUGAGUAUAAAUUAAGUGAUGACUUUAGUCACGAGCAUGUUGAUGAAGCCUUUGAGACCCGCAACAGCGACUGCAUCUGAAAACCUUUUAAAAGCACACUCGUGAUUUUUAUCUGCCGACAGCAGCUGACAGACUCGAAGUCACAGGCUGGUCCAAGUCGCAGCUUUCUUAAAAGGCCACAAGUGAAAUGCUCAAAUAUGCACUAAAAUCCUGACUGUGACAUGUUUGUAUUUUUUAAAAGCCAUAAUAAGACACAGAGAGUUCAUGCACAUUCAUUUGGACAUUUGUUUAUAAGAAAUGGCUCUUAACUCUAUAUUUUUCUGGGAUUUUACCCCAAAAUGUGUAGCCACUUGUCAAUGAAAAUGAGUUUUAAUUUUAGUGCAGUGAGCCUUUAGCUGGUAUGGUUGUCAGUUAUUUCACUUAAACCUAUAACAAACUUGCACUGUGCUUAUUUCACUGUUACUUCUUCACAUAUAUACAUUAUACUAGCUCACCUUCUCUAUAAACUCUUCGAUCUAGUUCUAACUAGCUCUCAUUUGAAUUAAAUAUUCAUUAAAAAUAACUUUAAAACAAAUCAAAUCAAUAUUUAAAAAAGCAGUAUUUUUCCAUAGUUCACAUAUCAUAUGUGUUCUCUAGCUCAGACUGGUUUGCGGUCCUUAAGUGUGUCCAGAGUUUAAAAACUGAGCCUUACAUCGUUGGAAGUACCAGAACUGGAUUAACUGGGGACUUUUGUGUUACCUGUAGACUGAGCCUAAAAUCUGCGGUUUACUGGCUGAACUUUGACAGUUGUAAAUGCACUGACAACAUUUUUGCACUGGAACUUAUCAAUGUGAUUUUGUGAAACUGCUUAAAAGUUUUGCUGCAUUUUAUUUGAGAGUCUGACCUGUUUGAGGCUUAUCUGAAUUGCACCAGCAUCUGUUUUCAGCCGCAUUUGAUACAAUGCAGAUCAUAUUUUUUUGCACCAGCGUGUAUUUUAUCAUUUCUUCACAGGCAGGCUCAAAUAUCUCUCUUAUGUCCUAAACCAUGGUGGUCUGGAUGAUACUGUGGGUUUCUAGUACAUCAUAUUAUGGUAUUAUAUUUUAGCUAUAAGCACAUUUAGAAUGAAGCAAUCUCCUAAUUUACCACAAUCUCCAACAUACUGUAUAUUAUAUGUUUUGUUUCAAAUUGUGUAUAAUGUUUGUGGACACAACCAAAAACAACUAACACCAGGUAUUAAGCAGUAAUUACUGCUAUUGGUGAUAAUUUAAUUUUAUAUUUAUUAUUACACUUGAAUAAUGUGACUGCUUUAUACAUUUCAAAAUAAAACUAAAAGUGUAACCCA